UUGUGAUGAAAAUAAUGAAUAUCAUAAAUAAUUGCAAUGAAAUUACUUAUUAGACUAAAAACUCAAUAUUUAACAAAAACAAUUAGUUAAUAAUUAAUGAUAAAUAUUUUUGUAUUUCUUAUUUCACUGUAAUACUACUAUUGACUGUGGCGCGUUGACUCAGUAUUCGGUUGCAGUCAGCAUUAUGUUUUUUUUUUCCCCAUUGAUGUCCAUUGUCUAUUGUGUUUUGUGCGUUGUAUAAUAAUACAAUAUAAUAUUCUGUUUUAUCAUGUCAUUGUGCUCUCCCGUUUUAAAAUAUUAUUACAACCAAUGCUAGCUAGUAGCUAGCCAAAACUCGGAUUGCUAUUAAUGUAUACGUUCAUUGAUUUUAUUGCAUUAGGCACCUAUUUUUUUUAUAGUGGACAGUAGUGGCCAUCACUGGCUAGUUUUUUAUUGACAAUUCAACCACAGAACCAUUAGACGUUGUUAGGAAAUCACGACUGUGUCGACGAUUGUUGAUUCCUGUACAACUGCCCGUCUGAUUGGUGCCAUUACAGUACAAUCGUGAUUGCUUUUUGGCCAACUCGACGAUGAAUAAAACUCGAACAAUAUUCAUUUUGGACGCCGGGGCAUUGUUUAUCCUACAGAUAUUGCAAUUCUUCAGUCUGGACUAUUACAUCAUGAUUGUGUUCCAGCACACGUGGUACUCCAGAUAUCCAAACAUACUGUUCCUGGUGCUCAACAUAGUGUUGACAUUGCUGUUCUACCAUACUUUCCUCAACUGUUACAGAGAAUACAAAUAUGAACGCAGUAAGAAGACAGGAGAUCUAGUUGAAUGCAAAGCCAAGUAUCCUGUAUACCUAAACUGCAUCACCUGGGCAAUGUAUGUGACCGUGUUGUUCAGCAAGAUCAUGAUGAUUUUCUCUAACAACGUCAACUCGUUGGUUUCCAACGAUGAUUUCAUGGGACCGCAAAUGCUCAAGUUGCUCAUUGGUGUUUCUGGCAUUGUAUUUUAUUUGCUGAUAAGCGCUGAAUGUUUUGGACGGCAAGUAGAUCGCGAUAAAUGGCCAACAAAUGCAUGUAUCAUUGAGAUUUUCGAUUCUGUUGAAAUAUUAUCGAUAGUCAUAGCAUCGGACGCUAAAAUUGGGUACAUAGAGUAUUUGAUCUACAUUACAGCCUUUUUAAAUUUUAUGUUACCAUUGUGGGUACUGUAUAAUGUAUCUCAACCCGAYGUUGAUUCCAAGCCAAUGGGACUUCCUCAACCUGUAUGUUAUAAUGUUAUGCAUCUAAUGUUAGUUCAAAUGCCUUUUUUGGGCAUACGAAUGUAUAUGUGGAUUGUGUUCAAUCAAAAUGCSUCAGUGUUCAUUAUGAAAAAUGUAUUACACUUAUUAUUCUUUUUGCAUUCCCUAUACCCAUACAUUAAAGACAUUUCUAAGAAAAACCAAUAUAGCCCAGAAACUUGCCGUGAUGAUGGUGUGCCAGAAAUUCUUUUAACUAAUCGUAAGCAUGAUGAACCCAUUGAGUUACUUUAAAUGAUUAUGCAUUCAACAUAUUAAUAUAAUAAUAUGACUAACUAUGAAACACAAGAGAUUUAUUUUUAACUUAUAGAUGAUACUAAGUAUAUUUUAAAAUUAAUUUUAUUUCAAAUGAAUAUAAAUAGUCCAAGUAUAAGUGUUAAAACCUUUUUAGUAACAUGAUUACUUUUUAUGUAAUGUUAAUUUAACUUUUGGUCAAAAACAGAAAAUGAAUCAUUCUAGUCUACACUAUAUCUCAUUGGCUUAAGUUUAUAUUUUAUAAAUUUGAAGACUAAAUUUCUUUAAAUUUGAGUUUGGUUUUAUAAUACUGAUUAGUGAUUAUAUUCGACAUAAUGUACACUAACCACAGAAUAA